AUGGCUGAACUUGAUUCUGAUUGGUAUUUCGGUUCGAGAAUAUCUAAUGAACCUAAGAGUGAUUAUUCUGAAUCUAGUGACGAGACCUUCAUUGACACUGAAAAUAGAGCGGUUGACAACAAUACUAAUGAUACAUCCAUCAAAGACACAGAUUUAAAUUCCGAGUUUCAGUCGCUUAUUAUUGAUCUAGAUUCAAGCUCUGGCGAAGAAAGCGAUUCUUCACUUGAAGAAGUUAUUAGUCUAAAGCUAAAUAAAUUAAAACAAGAACAAAUGAGACUUACCUUGUUGAAGGAAAAAUCAUCAGCCACUGCUGAAACACUACACGUGGACUUGAAUGAAGUAAUAAUGAUAAAUGACCCUUUGAAUAAUCCACAAAUAUUAUCGUCAUCAUCACCUGAUUUGGAAGACCAUGAUAAUAAUAGUAAUAAUACUGCAUAUCAAAUUCCUGAAUUUCCAUCAUGUCCACUUGGAUCAAAUAAAGAAUCUGCUAUUCACAUAUUAAAAACUUCAAAGUUCAAACAAUCAACAAAAUUAUUUGCGCCACCUAUAUCAAAUGUUAAUGAUGGAUCCGCUUGGAUACCUAAAUCAAAACGAUCACGACUUCCAAUUGAAACCCGUAAGGAAGAUAUUAUCAAAAUCAUUCGUGACAACAGAGUAAUUGUUUUAAGUGGUAGUACUGGUUGCGGAAAGCAUCAUAUUGGUGCAAUUUCUUUAGCACACCAUGUUGCAUUAGAAAGAAAUACUAAACUUCAUGGUCAAGUGGGAUAUCACGUUAAUGGUAAAUGUGGUUAUUCGGCUAUAACAAGAUUACGUUAUGUUACUACAAUGAUUUUAUUGGAAAUGUUAAAGACAGACAGAUAUUUGGCCUCAUUUACUCAUGUCAUUAUGGAUGAGAUUCAUGAACGUAAUAUAGACGAUGAUGUGAUGAUGUCUCAUCUAUGUGUUAUAUUAAGAAAAAACCCUGCUUUGAAAUUAAUAAUAAUGUCGGCUACAAUGAAUGUUAAAAAAUUUGCCAAUUAUUUUCAUGAAUUUGAAGCUGAAAAGGAUGGUUUUGUUAAUGAAAUACCAUGGAUAGAUAUUUCUAAAAAAGCUUUUCCUGUUGAUGUGUUUUAUUUAGAGGAUGUGUAUCAAGCAUUAGAUACACCUCUUUCACAGAGAGGUGCCAUAAUGAAUGACCCCAAAAAACCUUUUAUGAUGCAAGAACAUUGUGAUGUUUUUAUAAAUUGGAUAUUUCAAUGUCAUGUACAAACUCCUGCUGAUGAGGCAUUUUUGGUUUUUUCACCUGGUAUUGCUAUAAUUGCUGAAGUAGUAAGUUUCUAUAAUUUUUUAUUUGUUUAUCAGUCAAUGUUUCCUUAUACUGAUGGGAAGCCCACUCCUGCAAUCUCAUUGAUUAAACUUCAUUCAACCAUUACUAUUGAUGAACAAUGUUUAGUUAUGCAGAGGCCAAAACCAUGCUAUAGAAAAAUAAUAUUGGCAACGAAUAUUGCUGAAAGUUCUAUCACUGUUCCUGAUGUUUGUAUAAUAUUUGAUUCUUGUUUGCGUAAGGAUUUACUUUAUGAUAAAGAAACUAGAUGUUACAGUUUAAAUGAACAAUGGAUAAGUAAAGAUUGUGCCGAGCAAAGGAGAGGAAGAGCUGGAAGAGUUGGUCCUGGUAUUUAUCGAUUUGUACCCAAAGAAUUCUUUGAAAAUCUUCCUGAUGAAAGGACACCUGAGAUCUGUAGAACACCACUUAAUUCCUUACUUUUACGAUGCAUAUAUGGAAAUCUUGGCGAUCCUCAAGAAUUGUUAUCUCAUUGUAUUGAUCCUCCUGAUGAUACAGCUAUUGAACAUGCAUUAGAAGAUUUGGAAGUAACUGGUGCUGUUAUCAAAUCAAAAAAAAAUAUUAAAGGAUCUGAUGAUUGGGUUCAAGGUGGUCUUGUUGCAUAUGAAUAUGAAAUUACUCGUCUUGGUAUAAUUUUGGCACAAGUUCCUUUGGACCUUCAUUCUGGUCUAUUAGUAAUUUAUGGUGCAAUCUUUGGUGCUUUAUAUGAUUGUAUGAUUAUUGCUGCAAUAUUGCAAAACAAAGGAGUCAUUGUUGAAUCUCCAAAUCAAGAAAUAGCUACAAGUGCAGCAUUAAAAAGAUUUCACUUGGAUUUACCUGACUGUCAACCAUUACAUGGUGGAUCUGAUUUAAUAGCACAAUUACGUGGAUAUCUGUUAUGGGAAGAAACUACACAAAAUGAUGAUGAUUUUGAUCAAAGCAAGGAACUAACAUGGUGUCAACAACAAUCCAUUAGCCUUUAUUGGAUACGAGAAAUACAAGAUCUUGUCAUCACUCUUCGAGAAUCUUUAUCUCAUCAAGGCUUAUGUUCGCCUGCUACAAAAGAAGAGAGAGACAAAACGCAUAGAAAUCAUAUAUUUAAUCCUAAUUUAAUUGACAAUAUACAUGCAAGCAAUGGCAAUGACCUUGAAGAUGAAGAGGAGAAAUCAGGAACAAGUCAAGAAACUACAUAUUCAAGAGAUAUCAAACAAGCAAUUCUAUUUCUUGAUAUGGCAGCAGCAUCUGAAGAAAUUUCAAGUCUAAAAAAAAAAAAAUCAAGUUCAGAAUUGCCAGAACUCAAUUUGCAUAACAAUCAUUCAAACUCCAAUAGUCGGAUUUGUGAAACACCUAGAAUUAUACAAAAAAAAACAAAUCCUUGGAUGAAUGUGUUUGAUUAUGAAUAUGAAAUAACAUCAAACCAAGUCAAAUUGAAAAGAGAACCUAAUAUUCUAUUAAUCAACAUUUUACUGGUAACUGUUUUUCAUCAUAAUAUGUUGCGAGUUGUACCAAACAUUGACAGUCACACAUUUAAAAAUUGCCCAGAGAAUUUUAAUCGAGGUCAUACAAUUGAAUUUUUGGCUAGAAUUCUUCCUCCAAAAUCAAAAAUUAUAGAAACAUUUGAAAAAGAUAUUGGAAUAGUGCAAAAAAUAUCACAUCCCGAUAAUGAGCAGUUUAGCUCUGAUGCAGAGUUUGAAUCUUGUUAUAUUGAAUUUGCAAAACCUUGUAAACUUUUAUGGACACAUUCAACUAUCAGAAAUGUUCCAACGCUACCAGAUGCUGUCUUUUUGGCACAUAAAUAUACAUCAUCUAGUAGUAAUUUUGAGGAUACAAAAGAGGUAAGAUUUUAUACAGUUAACGGAAGUCCAGAAACUUCAGUUGCGCUUUCACCAAUAUUUCACAAGCAGUCAACUAGAGUAUUUGCUUCAAAAUCUUCAUUAUUUUUUCCACUAAUAAUUACACCUGCAGAAUAUAAGUAUUAUACAGUUUGUGCAGGAAAAUUACUUGCGGUAGACCAUGGAAAAUUAGAUGUUGGAGAGUAUAUUACAUGUCUUAUAGCACCUUUAAAUUCCGAAAAAAACGUGGGGGAUAUCAUUCUUGCAUUAUUUGCCAACAAGUUAAUCAACAAUGAUCCAUUGUGUGGAUGGCAUGUUAAUGUAAAUUUGACACAACAUCCCAUAUUCGAUCAAAAACCAUUAGAUUUUGAUUCAAGAUUAAUUGAUUCCUUUAGAUAUUUUCUGAAACAAGCAUUGGUUGAAGAGCAGCCAAUGGUAAAUGAAUCAUUAUCAGAAAAUCUUUUUGAUGAUGAUUUUUUAUCGUUCACAUCAUCAUCAUAUUCAAAUAAUUGUGAAAACUUGACUAAUAUUUGGCGAACAUGUAAAAUCACACCAGAUCAGGCAGGAAAAGGGCUCAUAAGAACAAUUUUAUUACUUAUAUUUUCAGAUUUAGUGGCAAAAGUUCGUGAAUCAUAUCCGAUAUCAGAGAUAACACCAAAGGAACUUCAUGACAUGAUUUCUAAAACACCUAAACCAAUAAUCCUCGAUGUACGUGAGAAAGAUGAACAAUCGAGGGGAAUUAUACCGACGGCGAUUCCCUUAUCACGAGGAUUAAUGUAG